AUGAAGCGCAACGUAUUGGCCGUUAUGGCCAUUGUCAACGGUCUUGCUCAGGCCAACCGCUUCUCCUGGCAGAGCGAGGCCGAGACCGAUGUCGCCAAGCAUGGCCACAACUAUGAGCCCAAGUCAAACGAUGUUUACAAGGCAAAGGAGGACCCGCAGUCCGUCGAAUCCCUUGAUGAUGAUUGGGACGAUGAAAAGGAGGAAGAGAAGAAGCAGUCGGAGUUGGACUACGAGAAGCUCAAGCUCCUGAAGGAGAAGUUGCGUGCGGAGAAAGAGAAAUCCGAGGUCAAGGAAAAAGAGAAGGAGUACGAACACGACAAGAACAAGCAUCACGACUACAACUCUGAUCCCAAAUCCCACAAGACUUAUGAUCACUACAAGCCCACUGUCACAGGACAUCACAAACACCAUGGCGAUCACUAUGAUGUCUACGACUACAAGAAACCCAUCAUUGUUGAUGGCAAGAAGUAUGACUACGUCCAUAAGCCUAUCACGAAGCAUCAUACCUACACCAAGAUCCAUGAGCCUGAGGUCAAGCCCGGCUGCUAUGGUGACAGGUGUGAUCGCAAGCCCUGCAAUAAGUGUGGUGAUAACUGGGCCCAGCCCGGCUGCUGGCACUGCAAGAACCACGAGGGCGAGGGCGAGGGCGAGGGCGAGGGCGAGGUGACCAAGACCACCAAGUAUGCUCCCGAGAAGACCGAUGACAAGUACCAAGGUGCCAAGACAUACACGCACAAGGGUGUGACUGUCAUCGUUCCCAAGGAGACCAAGGCUCCCGAGGCUCCCAAGAUCGAGCAGCCCAAGGAGCAGCCCAAGAAGGAGGAGAAGUACGAAGACAUUUGCCGCAAGGUCACCAAGGGUCACGGAGAACACAAGUACGAGGAGACUAUCUGCGACAGGGUCAAGCACCACAAGGGAGAACACCACAAGGUCUAUGUUGAGCCCAAGAAGGAGGAAAAGUACGAGGAUAUCUGUCGCAAGGUUACCAAGGGUCAUGGAGAGCACAAGUACGAAGAGACCGUCUGUGACAGAAUCAAGCACCACAAGGAGGACAAGCCCAAGAAAGAGCACAAGUACGAGGACAUCUGCCGCAAGGUCACCAAGGGUCACGGAGAACACAAGCAUGAGGAGACCAUCUGCGACAGGGUCAAGUACCAGAAGGAGGAACACCCCAAGGUCUAUGUUGAGCCCAAGAAGGAGAACAUUUGCGACAAGAUCAAGGGUUGUCCUGCUCCUGCUCCUGCUCCUCAGCCUCAUUAUCCCAAGGUCGAGCAUGUUCCUGCUCCCGCUCCCGCUCCCGCUCCUCAUUACCCCAAGGUCGAGCAUGUUCCCGUUCCUGCUCCCCAGCCCUAUUACCCCAAGAAGGAGGAUAUCUGCGACAAGAUCAAGGGCUGCCCUGCCCCAGCUCCAGCUCCCGCUCCCGCUCCCCAGUACCCCAAGCUCGAGCCUGGUCCUAUUCCCGCUCCUCGGCCCAAGCCUGAGGAGAUCAAGCCAGUUCCUGUUCCUGCUCCUGUUCCCGUGAACCCCGAGCAGGUUUCGCCCGAGGGCAAGGGCUUUGAGGAGGCUCCCCGAGUCCCCUUGACCGUUUCCAAGUCCGGUGCCAACUUCAACACUAUCUCCAUUGCUGGCACCAUUGUUGUCGGCAUUGCCGGUGUUAUGCUCCUUUGA